GAUUAUGUGACAACUUCAUUUGUUCUCAUUUCUUUUCUGGAAAUGAAUAGUCCAAACUCACAGUAUGAAACUCUUUGCAGGAACAAAGAAUUGAUGUUGAAGCAGAGAUGCAAGAGGUAAAUCUACACUAUCUACCAUCUAUCCACCCAGGAGGUUUACACCACCACAGCAAAUAUGAACUCUGUACAUUUUCUUUUAUUAUUCUGUAUUCCCGUAAAAACAACUUCCACUUGAAAUUGUGUUUUCUCAAACAGGUGGCUCACUUAUUGGCAACAGAGAAUCAAGGUCCAUCCAGUGUCCCAGGUCCAUCAGGUUACCCAGGUCCAUCAGGUUACCCACGUCCGUUAGACAGAGUCCUACAGAAUCACAGGGGCCCUCAGCUUCAAAGGGGCCGUCAGCUUCAAAGGGGCCGUCAGCUUCACAGGGGCCGUCAGCUUCACACGGUCCCUCAGAUUCACAGGGGCCUUGAGACUGACACAGAUUCACAGGAUUCCUCAGCUUCACAGGGGCCCUCAGAUUCACACGGUCCCUCAGAUUCACACGGUCCGUCCGAUUCACAGGGGCCCUCAGAUUCACAGGGGCCGUCAGCUUCACACGGUCCCUCAGAUUCACACGGUCCCUCAGAUUCACACGGUCCGUCCGAUUCACAGGGGCCCUCAGAUUCACAGGGGCCGUCACCUUCACAGGGGCCCUCAGAUUCACACAGUCCCUCAGAUUCACAGGGGCCGUCAGCUUCACAGGGGCCGUCAGCUUCACACGGUCCCUCAGAUUCACAGGGGUCCUCAGAUUCACACGGUCCCUCAGAUUCACACGGUCCGUCCGAUUCACAGGGGCCCUCAGAUUCACAGGGGCCAUCAGCUUCACAGGGGCCAUCAGCUUCACACGGUCCCUCAGAUUCACAGGGGCCGUCACCUUCACAGGGGCCCUCAGAUUCACACAGUCCCUCAGAUUCACACGGUCCCUCAGAUUCACAGGGGCCAUCAGCUUCACAGGGGCCGUCAGCUUCACAGGGGCCAUCAGCUUCACAGGGGCCGUCAGCUUCACAGGGGCCAUCAGCUUCACAGGGGCCGUCAGCUUCACAGGGGCCGUCAGCUUCACAGGGGCCGUCAGCUUCACAGGGGCCAUCAGAUUCACAGGAUUCCUCAGAUUCACGCGGUCCCUCAGAUUCAUCAGAAGUGGCAGCUUUAAUAUCGUAAAGAUGGGUCUAACUAUGGGUCACGUUACAACACACUGUAAAUAAUUACCGACGUCAUCGGGGACAAAGGCCCUAUUGAAGUUUAAAUGUUUUUUCUUCUUUCUCAAAAAGUUGUGAAAAUUGGUACGCCUGUCAGACUUAAAAAUAUAUAGCGACAUGAUAGAGGUCUCGUCUUGGCUGUGGCAAAUUGGCACCAACAGUUUUCAAAGUGAAAGGCCCCUCCUUUAACUUUCAUGUAAAGGCAUGAAAUUGGGUAGGCAUAUGUAUUAUGACUGGACCUAAAAAAAAAGCCUCUUGGAGCCACUUCCUAAACCCAACAGGAAGUCAGCAUUUUCAAAUUGAAAAUUCAUCUUUUGGAUGAUUUUGACCAUUUGCAGGCAUUGUACCACAUACUCCUCCUACAUAUUUAACCCAAUGGACUUCAAAAUUGGUCAAUACAAUCUAAAGACCUUCACAA